AUGUUGGAUAAUGGCAAAACCGUAAAGAAGUUUAAAAAAGCGAUAAAGAGGAAAUCCCUUCCGGAAAAUAAUGACGUAACUGCUCAAGCAAAGUCAGGUUUGAAAAGAAAAGACUUCAAUCCAAAAAAAGAUGGAAAAGCAGAGCAAACUUCUAAGAAAAGCAAAGCGAAAAAGAAUCAGGAGAAGAAGGUUCAUUUAAGCACCGUUUUUGACUUUGACUUUUCAGUUUCGUUCUUCGAUGGCCUAUGCUUCUUCAAUGAUUUUCAGUCGAAUGCGUUGUUCGAUUCUGAUGACGACGAUGGUCCCAAGAAGUUUUUCGAGAACCUUAACGUAGAUGAAUCGGGUACGGAUGAUGAAUUACCGAUAGAGAAGAAGGCUCGUCUACUAGACAAACGAAGGAAUGCGAUUGCGAAGGAAGGGGAAUCCGAAUUACGCCUCAACAUUGUUGGACAGCAACAGUACGAGCUUCCAAGUGUUGAUGAAAUUGAGAAGGAGCUCAGAGAAAUUCCCAAUCUUCAGAUAAUCAGGGAUCGUAUCAAUGAAGUUGUCCAGGUGCUAGGUGAUUUCAAGAAUCGUCGUCAACCAGGUAAAAAUCGUGAUGACUAUCUCGCUAUUCUAGCAAAAGAUCUAUGCUCACAAUAUGGUUAUAAUGAAUAUCUUAUGAAUAAGUUCAUGCAGUUGUUUCCACAACCGUCCGAGUUAAUCGAAUUUUUGGAUGCAAAUGAACAGCAACGACCAGUUACAAUAAGGACGAACACCUUGAAAACAAGAAGAGGUGAUUUGGCAAAGUCUUUAAUCAAUCGGGGGAUGAACAUUGAUCCUGCAGCUUCUUGGACAAAAGUAGGACUUGUAGUGUACGAUUCUCAAGUUCCUAUCGGCGCUACUCCGGAGUAUCUCGCUGGCCAUUACAUGAUACAAGGCCUGAGUUCCUUAUUGCCUGUUAUGGCUCUUGCACCACAACCAGGAGACCGAGUGCUAGACAUGUGUGCUGCACCUGGUGGAAAGACUUCACACAUUGCUGUUACACCUUAUCGUACUCCUUCCAUGAUUUCUCCUGAAUUCAAUGGUAAUUUUAAGCUUGCUCCCAAUAGUUUUGACCGUGUCCUUUUGGAUGCUCCUUGCUCCGGAACAGGUGUAGUAUGGAAGGAUGAAACAGUGAAGACCAGCAAAGAUAGCCAAGAUGUUCAGCGAAGGCAUACGGUGCAACGACAAUUGAUCCUUGCUGCUCUUGACGCCGUCGAUUCUAAAUCUGCUGGUGGAGGAUACGUUGUGUACUCUACCUGCUCAGUUCUCGUGGAAGAAAACGAAGCCGUAGUCAAUUACGCAUUAGGAAAGAGGCACUGCGAAUUAGUUCCUUGUGGUCUGGAAGUUGGUGUUGAAGGAUUUACACGAUUCCGCGAGUAUCGAUUCCAUCCGUCGUUAAGUUUAACUCGUCGUUAUUAUCCACAUGUGCACAACAUUGAUGGAUUUUUUGUGGCCAAGCUCAAGAAGCUAUCAAAUGAAAGGAUGGGGAAGGCUAGCAUCGACAUUGUUGGUUGCCUUACUGUUGUUUUAGUGUCUGUUUUAUGUUUUAGUGUAGAAUCUUACCUACUUUUCUUACUUAAUCUUGAAAUGUAA